UUUACAUCGACUACAUGCCUCUUCUAGAUUUAUAAUAAUUUACAAAGCAAUCUUUUGAAGUGUACACAUCUAGUUACAUUUACACACGCAUAAUUUUGACAAUGUUGAAUAUAUGUAGUUGAACAUAAUUGUAAAGAAACGUAUGAGCAAACUAAAAUCUUCAGAUUGAACGGCUGACGUCGUUUAAACAAGGAACGUUAUUUAAAAAUACUACUGGAAUACCACAACAAAGAAAUUCAUUUUGAUUAAGAAAUAGUACAAUACAAACGACUAGAAAUAGAAAUUAAACAGCAUGGAGGUUGACGAAAAUAACGCAGCGGUUUCAACGGAUACCCCGAUGGAAGUGGACGAUGAUACUGCUGGAAAAAAUAGUAGUACAUCAGUGAAUCCUCCUAGUGCUAUUAAAGUAAUGGCAUCUUCGGGAACUGUUGGUUCUGUUUCUAUUAGUCUUCACCCUCUUGUCAUAAUGAAUGUUAGUGAACAUUGGACUAGACUUCGUGCACAAGAAGGAACAGAUCAAUUAGUUUAUGGAGCAUUAAUUGGUAAACAGAAAGGACGCAAUAUAGAAAUCAUGAAUUCUUUUGAAUUAAUGUUUACAUGCAUUGGAGAUGAUGUUAUAAUUGACAGAGAUUAUUAUAACACUAAGGAAGAACAGUUUAAACAGGUAUUUAGCGAAAUGGAUUUUCUUGGAUGGUAUACUACAGGAGACAUGCCCAAUGAAAGAGACAUUAGGGUGCACAAGCAACUUUGUGAAAUUAACGAAAGCCCUGUAUUACUGAAGCUUGAUCCAAGACCAAAAAACACAGAUCAACUCUCUGUUUCUAUGUAUGAAUCAGUGAUUGAUUUGGUUAAUGGAGAAGCUACAAUGUUAUUUGUUCCAUUGACUUACACAUUGGCCACAGAGGAAGCAGAAAGAAUUGGAGUAGAUCAUGUAGCAAGAAUGUGUAGUAAUGACCAAGGGGAAAGUUCAUUGGUGGCAGAACAUCUUACUGCACAGCACAGUGCUAUAAAAAUGUUGCAUUCAAGGGUGAAGUUAGUUCUGAAAUAUGUACAAGCAGUACAAAAUGGAGAAUUAAAAGGGAAUCAUGAAGUUUUAAGAGCAGCCUGUUCUUUGGGACAUAGAUUACCAGUUUUAAAUAAUCAGAAAUUCAAAGCUGACUUUUAUAAUCAAUGCAAUGACUUUGGUUUGAUGACUUACCUUGGUAUUAUAACAAAAAGUUGCAACAAUAUUAACCAAUUUGUUAAUAAAUUCAAUAUUUUGUAUGAUAGACAAGGUGUAGGUCGUCGUUUGCGAAGUCUUUUCUUGUGA